GUCAGUGAAUCAGAGAUAUUGUCCGUCGGAUAAAAUAAUGUCUUUCACGCACAUUUUAAAAGCCGUGCAACAAAGUGUGCGGAGCUCCGGGAAAACAUUUCUCCCCGUGCAGCAGGCUGGCGUGCUGUUGUUCACACGCAGAGCAGGAGCGGUCAUCCCCGGCCUGUCCGUCCGUGGGUCAGAGGCUCCUGUGUCCGCCCUGAGCUGUCUCUGUCAAACACGAAGACGCUUUUCUGUUCACGUUAUCCUCAGAAACAAGGAGGAGAAGCACAGGUCUGUUUCUGCCUACCAGAGUCCUAAAGUGUCCUCUGCUCAGAAAGUCAAAGAUGCUGGGAGAGACUUCACCUACCUGAUCGUGGUCCUCAUCGGGCUUGGAGUAACAGGGGGGCUGUUAUAUGUGGUGUUCCAAGAGCUGUUUUCCUCUACCAGCCCAAAUAAAGUCUACAGCAGAGCCUUUGACAAAGUCAGGUCGCACCCAGAGGUUAUUGGGGCAUUUGGAGAACCAAUUAAAUGUUACGGUGAGACCACCCGCCGAGGGAGAAGGCAGCAAGUCAGUCACGUGGAGUAUGUAAAGGAUGGACUUAAGCACAUGAGACUAAAGUUUUACAUUGAGGGAUCGGAGCCGGGCCUGAAAGGGACGGUGCAUUCAGAGUCUAAAGAGAAUCUUGAAACUGGAAAGUAUGAAUUCCGUUAUGUAUUUGUAGAAAUAGAUACCUACCCGAGACGGACUAUUGUUGUGGAGGACAACAGAUGAGGAGCUUUUCUGACACUCAGGGGACAAGUCAAGACGUUUGCACUUGUAAAGCAGGGUUUCAUGUCUGUGAACUAAAUAAAUGGCUUUUUCCUGAAUAUAUUAUUGUGAAAUUUUAAGAAAUGGAUUGGUUAAUAAAAUUAUUUCUCAGCAUUUGGUAGAAAGCUUCUCUAUCGCAGUGUUAAUGAAAAUACAAUAGUAAUUUGUAAAUAGAACAUACAGAGAUAUUUUUUUGAAGAUAAAUGUAUGCUUUUACAAAUGAUCACAUUCUACAGAACUAAUAUGCUAUAAAACAUGAAUUUGAUCAAAUUUUGCUUUUAAAUGUAGGGGAUGUUUUACUCCAUUCAAACUUACUUUAUCCUUUUUUGUUGUUUUACAUGUAAAAAUGUGAAUAAAAAAGAAUCACCAGAUGGAGCUGCAGAAUUUAGUAUUUUGAAAAUCUAGUAAAAUGUGUAGCAACCCUAAUUUAAUUAAAUAACCUAUUAACAUGAUUUACACUGAAUUUUAAAUAAAAACUUGCAGAAAAA